AUGUCUACAAUUGAAAGUUAUCAUGGCAUGAUAAUUUCAAAGUAUUUCAAAACUAUAAAAGACUUUAUUAAUCUUGAGUUUGUCUGCAAGAAAUUCUCAAAUAAUAUGAAGAAGUUUCACUUCAACCCAAUUCCAUUAAAUUGCAAAACACUUGAAUACUUUUCAAACAUUGAGACACUUCAUUUGUGGCAAAAAGAAGAUGAAAAUUUUGACAACGGCUUUAUUGUCAACAUGGAAUUAAAUGAAGAUCACAAGGAAAAUGAAAUAUAUCAAGAUAUUAACACAAAUAAAACAAAAAUUUUUAAAAAAGCGUUUUAUAAUAUCGUUGUGUGGUUCAGUGUUGAUUUUGAAACCGUUGACAAAAACAAAGGUCGAAACAUCCAGUUUAAAAAUGUUACAUUCACUGAAAACAAUAGAAAGAAAUAUGGAAAUAACAUACCAUUUGGCAUUACAACAAUUUAUAAAAGAUGUUUCUAUGAAUGCAGUAGUCUGAGCAGUGUAUCGAUACCAACUAGUGUGACAUCAAUUGGUGAAGGUUGUUUCUAUAAAUGCAAAU